GGCGUGCAGGGCGGAGCUGCAGGGCCGGGAUGUGGCGGGUGGCGGCGGUGCGGGCGCUGCGGGGCGGUGGGGCCGGCGGGGCCGGCGCCCCCCGGGCCGCGUCGGGAGCGGCAGCGGCGCAGCUCCGCCAGCGGCUGGAGAGCGAGCUGGAGGAUAUUCGCGGCGCCGGCACCUGGAAGAGCGAGCGUAUCAUCGCCUCCAGACAGGGUCCCCACCUCCAGCUGGCGGGCGGCGGGGCCGGGAUCAUCAACUUCUGCGCAAAUAACUACCUCGGGCUUUCCAGCCACCCCGAAGUGAUCCGUGCCGCUGUGGAGGCCCUGGAGAAGUUCGGCGCUGGGCUCAGCUCCGUCCGCUUUAUCUGCGGUACCCAGAGCAUACACAAAGACCUGGAGGACAAAAUYGCCCGUUUCCACCAGCGGGAAGAUGCCAUUCUCUAUGCCAGCUGCUUUGAUGCCAAUGCUGGUAUCUUUGAGGCCCUGCUGACCCCAGAGGAUGCAGUGCUGUCGGAUGAGCUGAACCACGCUUCMAUCAUCGAUGGGAUCCGCCUGUGCAAGGCCAAUAAGUACCGCUACAAGCACAUGGACAUGCAGGACCUGGAGGCCAAACUGAAGGAGGCACAGAAACAUCGACUGCGGCUGGUGGCCACUGAUGGUGCCUUCUCCAUGGAUGGUGACAUUGCACCUCUGAGGGAAAUCUGCCAGCUAGCCCAGAAGUAUGAUGCCCUGGUGUUCAUCGAUGAAUGCCAUGCCACAGGCUUCCUGGGACCCAAUGGCCGGGGUACCGAUGAGCUUCUGGGGGUGAUGGACAAAGUCACCAUCAUCAAUUCCACCCUGGGAAAAGCUCUUGGAGGAGCUGCAGGCGGGUACACAACUGGUCCCAAACCCCUCAUUGAUCUGCUCCGCCAGCGUUCCCGCCCAUACCUCUUCUCCAACAGCCUGCCCCCUGCUGUGGUGGGCUGUGCAUCCAAGGCCCUGGACCUGCUCAUGGAGAGCAAUGCCAUUGCACAGUCUAUGGCUGCCAAAACCCAACGGUUCAGAAGUAAGAUGACAGCAGCUGGCUUCACCAUCUCGGGGAAAGAUCACCCCAUCUGUCCAGUCAUGCUGGGGGAUGCUCGGCUGGCAUCAGUGAUGGCAGAGGACAUGCUGAACAGAGGCAUUUAUGUCAUUGGCUUCAGCUACCCUGUGGUGCCCAAGGGAAAGGCCCGCAUUCGGGUCCAGAUCUCGGCCGUGCACAGUGACGAGGACAUUGACCGCUGYGUGGAAGCCUUCACCGAGGUGGGACGGAAACAUGGAGCGCUGCCUUGACGGGCCAGCAAACAUCUCCUCAGCACCAUCCCUGCCCACAACCAAGUGCCUCUGCCGGGGAAAAAGGCUUGAGCAGCACACUGCCAGAAGCAGGACCGUCCCUCAAGGCAUCACAGCCUGYAUCUCUUGAGGCAGCCAGCUGGCUGUUGCAGCAUGCUGGCAGUAGCACUGACAACCAGCACUUUAAAGUGUCAUUAAAGGUGUCCAGCAGCGCA